UGCAUACAGCAGAGAUUUCCUCCUACUUUUGCUCAGUCUGUAUUUGUUUUAAGCAAAGACGUAAAGUAAAGAAAAAGCUAGAGGGAGGAGUUGGUUCGGUUGAGAAGGUUUAGAGAAAGUGCAAUUCAGAUUUCUUCUUCUCCAACUUCGUCGGCCAUCAUGAGAGUCUUAUUGAUGAUGGCCGUGGUCGUCUCCCUGCCAGGCGUCAUUUACAGCUUCCAUCCGCUCUUCUCCUUUGAUGGAAAGUCCACCACUCACCGUGACAUCACACAGAGGGCCGCCCUCAGAAAGACGGCCGAGGUCUGCAGAGAUAUCGCCGCCUCUGAGGGGCGGGACUUCAGCCUGACUAUCGAUGACAGCGUGUCAUUUGCCGAGGUGCAAACGGCCUGUUCCUCCACUUCCCUCCGCUCGACUUUCAUGUUCAUAAAUUCCAUCGCCAAUAUGUACCUCAGCAACGCAAUAGUGGACGUUGCUUAUGCGCUGAGUGAGAAGCACCAUUUUGAUAAUGAGCGCUUCCAUGGAGGACGUGAUGUCAUAACAACAGGCGUGGCUGCUGUGAAGGCCAGUGUGAGGAGGGAGAACUUUGUCGCAGGGAGGUCUACUCUUGGAGGGGUCUUUCAUACCCUACAAGACUUCUACAGCCACAGUAACUGGGUGGAGCUGGGGAACAUUGCUCCUUACAGCACUCUGAUCAAACCAGAACAACCGCUCCAGAACCUGGCAGGCCUUAGUACACCGACAUGUAGAAACUGUAUCGGCGGGAACUGUGGGACGAACCUGCUGGAGCAGAGCCUCCUCACUUCAGGGUACUUCAACCUCUUCAGCCCAGAAAAACCUGCAGGUAAAUGCAGCCAUGGCGGAAGUUUUGACCAGACGAGCACACAUGACCCAGUGGGAGGCAUUAAUAAGGAUGCUGUGGACUCCAGUCACGGCUCACUUCACCAGAAAGCUGCUGAUUUGGCUGUGGAUGCCACUCUGGAGCUACUGGAGGACAUCCGACAAGCCGUUGGUGACAAGAACUUCCUGCGAUUGAUGGGCCUCUCCCAGGCUUCUGUGCUGUGUUUUGUCAUCGACACAACAGGCAGUAUGAGUGAUGACAUAGCAGAGGUCAAGAGAGUGUCCUUCGAGAUUAUUGACAGCAAGAGGGGAACCCCGGAGGAGCCCCCGGCCUACAUAUUGGUACCCUUCAAUGACCCAGAUUUUGGACCUCUGACUGUGACAACCAAUGCAGACAUCUUCAAAGACAGCAUCAACAAGCUGACUGCAAGCGGAGGAGGAGACACCCCAGAGUUUGCCUUGUCUGGACUGCAGCUUGCUCUGACUGCUGCUCCGCCCUCCUCUGAGAUCUUUGUCUUCACUGACGCUCCAGCUAAAGAUUUUUACCUAAAAAGCACCAUCACAGCCCUUAUACAGAGCUCCAAAUGUGUGGUCACUUUCAUGAUAACAGAUGUCUUUGCUCGUCGACGGCGCCGCAGAGGUUCUCAGGGUGUGGCUUCACGUUCAAUGAGCCAAAAUGAUGCCCAGCUGUACAGUGACUUAGCCCAAGCCUCUGGAGGUCAGGCCAUUGAGGUCAGCAAGUCUGACCUCUCCUUUGCCACUAGAGUGAUACUGGACUCAUCAGCCACUGCUGUGGUGACAGUUUUUCAGGUAGUGAGGAAUCCCGGACGGCCUGAUAAUUUUACGUUUACUGUUGAUGGAUCACUAAGGAACAUGACUGCUUACAUCACAGGAACAUCCUCUCUCACUUUUGAGCUCACCAGCUCAACAGGUGUUACUCAGAGUUCCAGUCAGUCCAGUGGCCCUCUGGCGUCUUUCACCACAGCAGGAAACCUGCACCGUUUAAACAUCAACACUGACAAUCAAACCGGAUUAUGGGAGAUUAGAGUUAACUCGAACGACCCCUACUCUGUCAAGGUCACAGGUCAAAGCUCAGUGAACUUCAUUUUCAAUCUCGUGGAAGCUGAUGAGGGAGGCCGCGGGGACUUCAGCCUGAAGGAGGGACGUCCGCUUUCAGGUGGGAAUGCCAGUCUCUUGGUCUCUGUGACAGAAAGUGACACGGUAAAGGUCACAGAGGUCACUCUGUUGGACAGCUCAGGGACAACAGAAGUCAACGGAUCACUGCAGUCUGUGGGAAGCGGUAACUUCCUGGUGACAUUCAGUGGAGUCCCAGCAGGUGACUUUGUGAUUCGCCUGAGAGGAGAGGAAACCAGCUCAACGUCCAGGUCAACGCAGAGAAGCUUCCAGAGACAAGCCUCAACACAGAUCACGACAUCCAGCAUCUCUGUUAUUGCUCAAGCCAACAACAGCAACAUUGAACCAGGCUCCACCAUCUCAGUCCCUUUCACAGUUGCCACAACCGCCAACGGAGUUGUUAAUGACUCUGCAACCGGGACUUUCACAGUCCAAGUGAACAAUGACCGUGGUUAUUCUUUAACUGCACCCGACACCGUUACCAUAGCAGCGGGCAAAGCCAACGGCACCGUCACCUUAACAGCACCAGCCAGUGCCGUGUCAGGAACAGACGUGACUCUUACCAUUCAGGCAGAAAACACAGCUGCCAACGACAUCAACUUCACCGUCCUCAGGUUGUCUAUUGUUGCCAAGGUGACGGAUAUUACCCGCCCAGUGUGCCAGGUAGUCAGUUCAUCCACCAAUUGUCCCUCCUCCCCAGCGCUCUGUACUUCCUCCCAAUGGGAAUUCGUUGCCAAUCUCACCGAUGGCAUCAACGGAACUGGCAUCGAGAGCCUGACCAUCCGCCAAGGGAACGGUACCCUAAACACCAGCACUGCGACUGGAGCAGAGGGGGAAAACAUUACAGUGGCUACCUACAGCGCCUCCUGCUGCUCACAGAAUGUAGUGCUGGCUGCUGUGGACCGGGUAGGUAAUGUGGGGACAUGUGUGGGACAGGCUAGAGAAUCUACCACGAAUGUGUCCACUGCUGCCCCCGUACUUAACACAACAUCCAUGACUACAGCUGCACUUAACACAACAUCUGCAGGAAGCCCCACAGAGAGCAUAUCCCGCUAUAUCUAUUUGAGUGUUGCUUUUUCUAUCCUUUGGAACUGAAUAGCAUACAUGGAAAUUACACUGGAAUUCAUUAUUUUAAGCUUUUCAGAUAUUUUCAUUUUCCAAAGCUUUAGUAAAAUAUAAUUUCCUUUCAUGUCAAUAAUAUGAUGCGCAUAUCACUUUUUAAUGAUUUUAUUUUUCUAUAACUUAAAUAAGUUGAAUCAUUUACAGUUACUCAAAGGAAGUAUCAAUGUUCCUUAUGGUGUGUGGAUGUCUGCGUGAUGCCAAUGUAAAAGUUCCUGAAUCUGCUCAAAUAACAACGGCUGCUAGAUUCUGGACUAAACUCAAUUGGCUAAACGGACAUGUUUUUGGGGUUGCACUAGAUAGUCACAUCAUUUAUUUCUCCAAUCUGACACCAAG